AUGGACAUCAUUCAGCCGCUCAUGGACAUGGCCCAUGGUCCUGUGGCCACAGCAGGAGUUUUCCAGUCUGUGAACUCGGAGCCACACGUCAGUGCUGUUGCCUGUGAACCAGCGGAGCCUUCGGAGCCCGCGGAGACGGAGAUGUCCAACAUGGAGGCUUUGGCAGCGAUGGCCCAGCUCUUCCAGUCUCCUCAGGGCCAAGAGUUACAGAGAGUGCUCCAGAAUCUGCAGCAGGGGAACGAGACGUUGGCAGCUGCCAUUGAAAGUAACUUGGCCAAUCCGGGUCAGAUGUCUGCUGCACACUCCAGCUCCUACGCCGCUCACAGUGACAGUAACACCUUCGCUGAGAAACUUCUGGACCGGUUUGAAUACGAGGAUGAACCUGAGGACAAAGCCAGAGAGAGCCAUGCCCAGCUCCUAAGCAUCGCUGAGAACGUCCUCAAACAGUUUGCAGAGACGCUGCCGAACACACACGACCCUCAGACACAUGUGAUGCAUGAUGGGAGCCUCUCACAUCCAGGGCCUGACGUGUUCACUGCUGUAGAGGAGCCCUACACACGGGAGCCGCUCAGAGACGACUCUCCUGUGAGGAGAAACAGCAGACACAGAAGCUACGGCAGAAGGUCCAGAUCUCGCUCCAGAUCUCCUCGGAGGAGGCGUUCUCGCUCCUCCUCACGCUCCAGAACAUCCAGACACAGACCCGCUCGCUCUGGCUCCAAAGAGCAACGCAAGAGGUCUCGUUCUCUGGACCGCAGCGAGCGUGAGAAAGAGAGAGAGCGCAGACAGAGAGGCCUCCCCACCAUCAAGGACCAGACUCUGAGCGUUUGCAGCACCACUCUGUGGGUGGGUCAGCUGGACAAGAAGACUCAGCAGACUGAUAUCAUGUUGCUCCUGGAAGACUUUGGACAGAUCGAGUCUAUAAACAUGAUUCCACCCAGAGGCUGCGCGUACAUCGUCAUGAUCCACCGACAGGACGCUCACACGGCUCUGAACAAGCUCAGCCGCUCUCCGUUCAGAGUCAAUCAGAAGCCCUUUAAGAUUGCCUGGGCUCUGAACAAAGGCAUUAGAUCUGCUCAUAAGAAGCUGUGGGACGUGGAGCAGGGAGUGACCUACAUCCCCUGGAACAAGGUGAAGGUGGAGGACCUGGACAGUUACAGAGAAGGAGGCAUGCUGGACCCAGACUCUGUGAACCCAGUGUCCUCCUCCUCUCUCUCCUCUCUCCAGUUGUCCAGUGGGGUCAGUGUUGGUGUUGGAGGACUUCUGCGAGACGUGAAGAACAAAGCUGUGCUGUGCAAACCGCUCACUCUGACCAAAGCCACGUACUGCAAACCACACAUGCAGAGCAAGACGCUGCAGACAGAUGUGGACGACGGUGUGAAGAGGGAGUAUGUGCCCGUGCCCAUCCCAGUGCCCGUCUUUGUGCCCAUGCCCAUGAACAUGUACUCACAACUGACCCCAGCACCACUCACACUGCCUCUGCCGGUCCCCGUGCCGGUGUUUGUGCCCACCAACUUCCAGAGGCUGCACCAACAGCGCAACUGCAAGGAGACCAAACCAGAGGUGAAGCAGGAGCGCGCAGAGGAGGACCUGGACCUGGACCUGGACCUGGAGACUGACUUCUGCCCUGAGUCCUGCAGAGCCGAUGCCCCAGCCCCCGCUCCGUCGGAGGAGGAGGCCGCCUCGCCGCACCCUCAGCCCGCCUCCCUGAAGACAGUGGAGAUGAUUGUGGACUUCAGGAAGAGCACUGUCCCCCCGCCCCCACCCUCCGUGAUGGACUCCCCCAUCACCUCUGUGGAGUCCUUCCGUUUCCUGGGAAUCAUCAGCUCCCUCAUCAAGAAGGCCCAGCAGAGGAUGUACUUCCUGCGGCAGCUCAGGAAAGCCAAGCUGCAGUUCUACACGGCCAUCAUCGAGUCCAUCCUCACCUCCUCCAUCACCUCCUCCGUCACCUCCUCCGUCACCUCCUCCAUCACCUCCUCCAUCACCUCCUCCAUCACCUCCUCCAUCACCUCCUCCAUCACCUCCUCCAUCACCGUGUGGUUCGCUGGAGCCACAAAGGAUGAGGCUCUUUUCCAAACAGACGACAUCAAAGACCCUCAGAACGUCUACGACCCUCGCUUCCUGCUCCCUCUGUUCAGCUCCAUCCUGAGACCAGAGUGUGUGGUGGACUGCCUGAGGUUCGUGUCUUGUGGGGCCCUGGGCUUCAGCAUCAUGGCCCUGAGCAGCCAUGACCCCAGCACCAGAGCUGCAGCGUAUCACGUCAUGACCUGCUUCUACCACCAGGUGGAGGCAGCGCGCUUCAGGGAGCAGAGGCAGGAGGAUCAAAGAGGAGCACCUCCUGCAGGAGGAUCAGAGAGGAGCUCCUCCUGCAGGAGGAUCAUAGAGGAGCUCCUCCUGCAGGAGGAUCAUAGAAGAGCACCUCCUGCAGGAGGAUCAAAGAGGAGCACCUCCUGCAGGAGGAUCAGAGAGGAGCACCUCCUGCCGGAGGAUCAAAGAGGAGCACCUCCUGCCGGAGGAUCAAAGAGGAGCACCUCCUGCAGGAGGAUCAUAGAGGAGCUCCUCCUGCAGGAGGAUCAUAGAGGAGCACCUCCUGCAGGAGGAUCAGAGAGGAGCACCUCCUGCAGGAGGAUCAGAGAGGAGCACCUCCUGCAGGAGGAUCAGAGAGGAGCACCUCCUGCAGGAGGAUCAGAGAGGAGCACCUCCUGCAGGAGGAUCAGAGAGGAGCACCUCCUGCAGGAGGAUCAGAGAGGAGCACCUCCUGCAGGAGGAUCAAAGAGGGGCACCUCCUGCAGGAGGAUCAAAGAGGGGCACCUCCUGCAGGAGGAUCAGAGAGGAGCACCUCCUGCAGGAGGAUCAGAGAGGAGCACCUCUUGCAGGAGGAUCAUAGAGGAGCUCCUCCUGCAGGAGGAUCAUAGAAGAGCACCUCCUGCAGGAGGAUCAAAGAGGAGCACCUCCUGCAGGAGGAUCAGAGAGGAGCACCUCCUGCCGGAGGAUCAAAGAGGAGCACCUCCUGCCGGAGGAUCAAAGAGGAGCACCUCCUGCAGGAGGAUCAUAGAGGAGCUCCUCCUGCAGGAGGAUCAUAGAGGAGCACCUCCUGCAGGAGGAUCAGAGAGGAGCACCUCCUGCAGGAGGAUCAGAGAGGAGCACCUCCUGCAGGAGGAUCAGAGAGGAGCACCUCCUGCAGGAGGAUCAGAGAGGAGCACCUCCUGCAGGAGGAUCAAAGAGGGGCACCUCCUGCAGGAGGAUCAAAGAGGGGCACCUCCUGCAGGAGGAUCAGAGAGGAGCACCUCCUGCAGGAGGAUCAGAGAGGAGCACCUCUUGCAGGAGGAUCAGAGAGGAGCACCUCUUGCAGGAGGAUCAGAGAGGAGCACCUCCUGCAGGAGGAUCAGAGAGGAGCACCUCCUGCAGGAGGAUCAGAGAGGAGCACCUCCUGCAGGAGGAUCAGAGAGGAGCACCUCCUGCAGGAGGAUCAAAGAGGAGCACCUCCUGCAGGAGGAUCAAAGAGGAGCACCUCCUGCAGGAGGAUCAGAGAGGAGCACCUCCUGCAGGAGGAUCAAAGAGGAGCACCUCCUGCAGGAGGAUCAGAGAGGAGCACCUCCUGCAGGAGGAUCAAAGAGGAGCACCUCCUGCAGGAGGAUCAGAGAGGAGCACCUCCUGCAGGAGGAUCAUAGAGGAGCUCCUCCUGCAGGAGGAUUCAUAGAGGAGCACCUCCUGCAGGAGGAUCAGAGAGGAGCACCUCUUGCAGGAGGAUCAGAGAGGAGCACCUCUUGCAGGAGGAUCAGAGAGGAGCACCUCCUGCAGGAGGAUCAGAGAGGAGCACCUCCUGCAGGAGGAUCAAAGAGGAGCACCUCCUGCAGGAGGAUCAGAGAGGAGCACCUCCUGCAGGAGGAUCAAAGAGGAGCACCUCCUGCAGGAGGAUCAGAGAGGAGCACCUCCUGCAGGAGGAUCAUAGAGGAGCUCCUCCUGCAGGAGGAUCAUAGAGGAGCACCUCCUGCAGGAGGAUCAGAGAGGAGCACCUCCUGCAGGAGGAUCAGAGAGGAGCACCUCUUGCAGGAGGAUCAGAGAGGAGCACCUCCUGCAGGAGGAUCAAAGAGGAGCACCUCCUGCAGGAGGAUCAGAGAGGAGCACCUCCUGCAGGAGGAUCAAAGAGGGGCACCUCCUGCAGGAGGAUCAAAGAGGAGCACCUCCUGCAGGAGGAUCAAAGAGGAGCACCUCCUGCAGGAGGAUCAAAGAGGGGCACCUCCUGCAGGAGGAUCAAAGAGGAGCACCUCCUGCAGGAGGAUCAAAGAGGAGCACCUCCUGCAGGAGGAUCAAAGAGGAGCACCUCCUGCAGGAGGAUCAGAGAGGAGCACCUCCUGCAGGAGGAUCAAAGAGGAGCACCUCCUGCAGGAGGAUCAAAGAGGAGCACCUCCUGCAGGAGGAUCAGAGAGGAGCACCUCCUGCAGGAGGAUCAAAGAGGAGCACCUCUUGCAGGAGGAUCAAAGAGGAGCACCUCCUGCAGGAGGAUCAAAGAGAAGCACCUCCUGCAGGAGGAUCAAAGAGGAGCACCUCCUGCAGGAGGAUCAGAGAGGAGCACCUCCUGCAGGAGGAUCAAAAAGGAGCACCUCUUGCAGGAGGAUCAAAGAGGAGCACCUCCUGCAGGAGGAUCAAAGAGGAGCACCUCCUGCAGGAGGAUCAAAGAGAAGCACCUCCUGCAGGAGGAUCAGAGAGGAGCUCCUCUCUGGUGUGUGUCUCCUGGUGCUGUACAUGGUGGACCUCCUGAAGAACAGUGUCCUGCAGCAGAACCAGCGCCUGCCGUUUGUCCUGACCACGUUCAUGUCCAGAGUCCUGCAGCUGGUCCUCAAACCAGAGGACCACAUGUACAUGGUUCUGACCCGGUUCCUGUUGUCUCACCAAAGUCUGGACUUCAGACGAGUCCCAGAGUUCUUUAAACUGUUCUACGCAUCUGACCUGGAGCAUAAGUUGCAGAGGGACUGGAUCCUGAACGUUCUGGAGGUUGGGAUCAGAGACCGGUUCUGCUUCGCUCUGUGUGAACAACAAGGAGUGUUCCAGAGUCUGCUGGGCUUCUGCAGCUCUGCUCUGUGUGACCACCACACCCAGGCCCAGAUCCUGCGGGUGCUAACUGCUGCAGCCAAAGUGCCUCAGGCGGCCUUCACUCUGAUCCAGGGCUGUGGUCUGCUGAGCUGGACCCUGCAGCUGCUGCACUCACGGAGGUUGGACCAGCAGGUGCUCUGCUCCGUCAUCGAGCUGCUGCACUCCCUCUGGACCACCAACCUCGGGGAUAAGGAGGCGCGGCUGGACGCUCUGGGCCUGGAACCUCCUGUUGAGAAACCGGAGAAGGCCGUGAAGUGUCUGCCCCUCCCCCUCACCUGCGAGUUUGUCUGCGUGGCCUCCACCGUCUCCAAGCACCUCAGCACCUCAGGUAAAGCACCUCCACCGACUCGAAGCACCUCAGAUAAAGCACCUCCACCAUCUCCAAGCACCUCAGGUAAAGCACCUCCACCAUCUCCAAGCACCUCAGGUAAAGCACCUCCACCAUCUCCAAGCACCUCAGGUAAAGCACCUCCAAGCACCUCAGGUAAAGCACCUCCAAGCACCUCAGUAAACUGUGGUUCAGAUCCAUCUGAAGUCACACACUGUCACUUUAAAGCUUUCGUGUGA